GUCAUUUUAUUUGCCUAAGAUUARGGAAACAAUGACAAGUUAAAUAUACCGGGUAAUUCUUAAAAAUCAAAAACAAUCUUUGUUUUAAUAUCAACAUCAAGUUUAUMUGUGUAACUUARAGUUAACUUUCCUUAUGAAUGUCGCUAUUCAGUCAAGUACUGUUAUUCUACUAUCAAACUGGUGAGAGUGAARAUUUUAAUUAACUUUAUGAUGCGUGCCGGGGGUGAAGGUGGUCCACGAACCAGAAGAAAUGUUGACUUGUUUGGAGMUGGAAAUAAGAAAGGGCAACGUGAACAGGCCACAGAUCCCAAUGCUCCAAAAAARGACCGAAUAGAAUUUGAUAACAUUAAUAUCAAGCUCAAGUUCAAGGAAAAAGAAGAAGUGAAGUCAACAUGGACAGGACUUUUUAAGAAGCUGAAAAUUUUAGCUCCAUUUUUAUGGCCGAAGAAUUCAGCAAUACUGCAAGCAAGAGUCCUAGUCUGCUUUAUACUUCUCGGCUUAGGCCGAGCUGUUAAUUUGUAUAUUCCAAUCUACAAUAAGAAAAUUGGUGAGAAAACUGAAAAUUCUACCAAAAACGCAAGUUACAUGUUUCCUAUGGUAUUUCAUCAUGUACAACUAUUCAGGCAUUUGCAUAGUCUAUCGUUACGAUGGCAUCUAAACCGUAAAACUGGAGAAGUGCUGAGAAUAAUGGACAGAGGAACUGAGAGUAUCAACAGCUUGCUACAGUUGAUAUUAUUUUCACUUGUGCCAACAAUUAUUGAUUUGCUGAUAGCAAUCAUAUAUUUUUUCACUGUGUUCGAUUAUAAGUUUGGAAUAAUCGUCAGCGUCACAAUGAUUCUCUAUACGAUUUUUACAAUAUCUAUUAACGAAUGGAGAUCAAAGUUCAGAAGACGUAUGAAUUUGGCCGACAAUGAGACUCGUGCAAGAAGUGUAGAUUCACUGCUCAAUUUUGAAACUGUUAAAUAUUACGGUGCUGAAGAAUACGAGGUUGAUGCCUACAAAACAGCGAUUUUGAAAUAUCAGGUUGAGGAAUGGAAAACCACAAUUACGAUGAACAUGAUGAGUUCAGCUCAGAAUUUGAUUGCAAAUUCGGGACUUCUGGCUGGAAGUUUACUUUGUGCUUAUUAUGUGGUGAACACAAACGAAUACAAUGUUGGUGACUAUGUCUUGUUUGCUACUUACAUAGUUCAAUUAUAUGGUCCGUUGAAUAUGUUUGGAAUGCAAUAUAGGCAAAUCCAAAAUAACUUUGUCGAUAUGGAAAAUAUGUUCGACUUGCUACGUCAAGAGCAGGAAGUGGUUGAUGCAAAAGAUGCCCAAAAACUUCUCCCUAAAGGAGGUGGGAUUGAAUUCAACAAUGUUAACUUUAACUACACACCCGAAAAAACUAUACUCAAAAACGUCAGUUUUUCUGUGCCUCCCGGUAAAACAGUCGCAUUGGUUGGACCAUCUGGGAGUGGAAAAAGUACCAUAAUAAAGUUGCUAUUCAGAUUUUACGACGUUGAUUCAGGAUCAAUUGUUAUUGAUGGCUAUAAUAUAAAGAACCAAGUGACCCAAGAAUCACUACGGGCUAUUAUAGGAGUGGUUCCACAAGACACAGUUUUAUUUAACCAAACAAUUAAAUAUAACAUUCAAUAUGGCAGAAUUACAGCCGAAGAUGCGGAAAUUAUUGAAGCUGCAAAAGGUGCCGAUAUACACGACCGAAUUGUAACAUUCCCUCAGGCAUAUGAUACUGUGGUAGGUGAAAGGGGUUUAAGACUGAGCGGUGGAGAAAAACAGAGAGUUGCAAUUGCGCGAACUCUUCUAAAAGCACCGACUGUAAUACUCCUGGAUGAGGCAACUAGUGCUUUAGAUACCCACACAGAGAGGAAUAUUCAAGAGUCAUUAAAUAAAAUGUGCGUUAAUAGAACCAGUGUAGUAGUAGCACAUCGACUAUCUACGAUAAUCGGAGCCGAUGAGAUUUUAGUAUUAAAAGAUGGAGAAAUAGUUGAACGAGGAAGACACGCGGAUUUAGUGCUAAAGAAGGAUGGCAUAUAUGCUGGUAUGUGGAAACAACAAUUAGAAAGUAACAAGCUUACAAUAGAGGAAAUCCCACUUGAUGAUAGCGCUAUUCAAAAGGCGCCUCCAAAUCAGCCUAAAGAAUUUGAUGUUGCCAGAAAUGACGACGGAUUAAAAUGAGAAAAGAAAACAUAUUCCAACAGAUGCUUAAUCUUGCGGAUUGCUGUGAUUAUCUCAACAAUGUACUUAGAUAUUUUAAUAAUACUUACCGAUGUUUUUUAAUAGCAGUUGCAAAUAUACAUCAACUCAA